AGAUUCUCAUGAAAAAGGAAGUGGACUUUGAAUCAUAUCUCUCUCUCUCUAAUCAUCUUUUAUAACGUUUGGUAUCCUUUUCUCUCUCUAAAACUCUAGCUUUUAGAUCGGAGGCGAUCUGCGAGCUUCAUCCAUGGCUUCGAAGCGGAUCUUAAAGGAGCUCAAGGACCUCCAGAAAGACCCUCCUACCUCCUGCAGUGCUGGACCUGUAGCUGAGGACAUGUUUCAUUGGCAAGCAACAAUAAUGGGUCCCCCAGAUAGUCCUUAUGCUGGGGGAGUCUUUCUAGUUACUAUUCAUUUCCCUCCGGACUAUCCUUUUAAGCCGCCUAAGGUUGCAUUUAGGACCAAGGUUUUUCAUCCGAACAUAAACAGCAAUGGCAGCAUAUGCCUUGACAUUUUAAAAGAACAGUGGAGCCCAGCCCUGACCAUAUCCAAGGUGCUGCUCUCCAUCUGUUCCCUAUUGACGGAUCCAAACCCAGAUGAUCCCUUGGUGCCAGAAAUUGCUCAUAUGUACAAGACAGACAGGGCCAAGUACGAGACAACUGCUAGGAGCUGGACUCAGAAGUAUGCAAUGGGCUAGGGGCUAGGGUGCUUAGUUGCAUUUAGGAGGACCUUGUCUGUCCAUUCCUUUGAUAUGUAAAAAUUGAUGCAAAUGACUAAUCUUGUAUCUUACAGUCUUAAGGCUUGCAAGUGUGCUUUUGCUGUUUUA